CGGGAGAGGCGACUGCUUCUCAUCUCGGCGGCCAGUGUUCGCGGUGACAGUUGUCGAGGCGAGUUGUUUGCAGGCAGAACGUACUUCGGAAGAACAUCGAGCCGCGGCGAUGGCGCAGACCGUGGAGGCGCUGGACAGCCCGCUCGCCGACAGGCUGAGGAAGAGGUCCCGCAGCCCCGCCUACCCGGUGGGCGGGCUGGUGGUCAGUCCGCCGGGUUGCGUGGUCACCCACCUGUACCGCGAGCACGCGCCCGCCAUCAGGGACUUCGAGGCGCGCGACGACGACGUCUGGGUCGUGUCCUUCCCCAAGUGCGGCACCACGUGGACGCAAGAAAUGGUUUGGCUCUUAGUGAACGACUUGAACUACGAGGAAGCAGAGAAAGUUCCGCUCGUCGCACGAGUUCCUUUCUUCGAGUACUCAACGAUAGCAGACGUGAAAGAUGUGUUGCCCGAAGAUUCCAUAACCUUUGCAAGCAAACUGAGCUCUCCAAGAAUAUUCAAGACACAUUUGCCGAAACAAAUGCUUCCCAAGGAUGUGUGGGUGAAAAAGCCAAAGAUUAUUUAUAUAUCACGGAACCCCAAGGAUGCUGCAGUAUCCUACUAUCACCACCACAGGCUGUGGAAUGGGUACGAAGGCUCCAUGGAGGAGUUCAUGGAAGCCUUUCUGGCAGAUGUCGUUGUUUCGAGUCCAUUCUGGGAUCAUGUGCUAGAGUUCUGGAAGUGCAGGGAUAAAGAACACAUCCUAUUUAACACAUAUGAAGAAAUGAAAAAGGACCUGUGCGGUGUGAUUGAAAGAACUGCGAAGUUCCUGGGCAAGAAGUACUCGAUGGAAGAGGUGGAGAAACUCGCCGACCACCUGAGCUUCUCCAAGAUGAAGGAGAACCCGUCAGUGAACCUGGACGUGUACGUGAAGGAGGAGAUUCGCAGGAACCACAUGAACGAGGAGGAGAAGGACCUCAAGUUCAUCAGGCAGGGACAGGCCGGUGCCUGGACCAAGGCCUUGUCGCCCGACACUGCGGCGAGGUUUGACGAGUGGACCGCCACCAAGUUACGAGACAGCGAUUACGACAUAAGCCUGAACUUGGUGAAGUGAAGUCCCGGACACAGCAUGUCAUUCUUGCACUACAUAUGUAGUUUGAGGCUUUCUGAUAUGCCAAGUGCAAAUCAGACAUAAUUACUCAUUUGCAUUUCCCUCAGGUUUUCUCAUAAUUGAAAACUGUCUCGCACACAAACACCGCUAAGCCAUUAAGAGUUGACAUGUAACAGAUCUUCACUGUAUUAGACCACAAAGUGAAGAACAAAAAUUAAUAACUUAAGGGGAAGCAAUAGGAACACAAAUAUGCCAUCUCAAAUGAAAGAGUUUAAGGCCAGAACAAUUUUUUAUUGUUCAAUUUUCUAUAUCAGGCUUUGUUAAAGCAUAGUAUGUAAUUUAGUAGUAUGUCUGACGUUAGUAGUGACUGAUUUCUAAAAUUGUAGUCUCUGUGAAGUCACUGGCAUUUAGUACUGAAUUCAUUUUUGAGGAUGACCACAACUGUGCUAAUACUUACAACAGGCUCUACUUUAAUGAAAGAAAAUUUUGAACAUUUAAUGUUAAAAAGUUAUGGCAUGAAAACUGUUGAAACCACUAUAUCUUUCAGUUACUAUCUCUCCCCUUGUUUCAUAAUUACAACAGUUAAUUAAUGGAGGGAGAAGGAGGGGUGAUAUGCUGAGAAGAUGAUCAAUGGAGUUGAAUCAAUGACCUAGUAUUGUGGAUUGUUUAUAUUAAAUCAAGAUGGUGUUACAAGUUGGAACUAUAUCUAGUACAACUGUUCUAUAAUCAACCUUAGCAAUUUAUAUUUCUAAAUAGACUGUAUAAUCUGUUUGUGUUCACAACUACAAAUCAUUGCAAUAUAAUGCAAAAAUUACUUCUUUUAUGAUAUACUAACUAUGGAUAAUAUAAAAAUAGCAUUUUUAUUUGUAAAUACCUAUCAUUCAGAGCCUUUGUCCUCAUGUAAUUGUUGUGUGAAUUGAUGGAAGUUUUGUAACUUAGUAAGAAACUGUAUUAUUUACAGUUCAUAAAAUAAUCUUAGUUCUUAGCAAUGAAUAUGUCCCAACCUUGACCUGAUAGUUAUUCUGAGAUUUUAUUCCAAAUGAGGUUCUACGGUAAAACCCUCUUAAUAAAAUUAUUAUUAAAAAAAAAUUUGUACUUGACCUACAAAUACAAAAAAAAUCUUACGUUAAUAAGUCUAAAUUUCUCUAAGUGUCUACAGAAGUUCUCAACAGGGAUUUACUAUAGUUAUCAGCUCACAGUGAGGGAAAUUCAUGCCUGUGUAGUAACAGUUGUCUUUAGAACAGCAGCACUUUUAACUCAGUGAAGGUCGAUUUACUGUGCACGUGAUCAGGGGCUGCAAGAAGUGCUUAUAACAUGGCAAUAACCUGAUCAGAGGAGCAUGCAUAAAGGAUAUAUUAUAUGCUUAUUUCUAAUUUAAUUUACAGUGUUAAAGAAAUGAAUAUAUUUAUCAUAUUUAUAUGUGUACUUAAUGACCUUUAAAAAUAAUGAUUAUUAAAAAUUCAGUUCAAUUCAAA